ACCAAAAAGUGAGACGAGUCAGCACCAAUACAAUUUCGGAAGUUUAUUAAAUUAGAGCAAUUAAAAAGAAAUAAGGGUGCGGUUAAUCUUUUAAAAUAGAAAUGUCGACAUCGUUUCGUCCCGGGAUGGAGAAACCGGACCCAAGGAAGAAGGAUAAGGUUCGACGAUUCAGAGUAUCCGGGCUUAUCUUUGAAGAUUUCACGUCCGAUUAUAUGAGCGUUAUUGGAAUGUUGUUUAGCAUGUUUGGAUUAAUGAUGAGAAUGAAGUGGUGCGCUUGGAUUGCAAUUUAUUGUUCCUGUAUUGGGUUUGCCUCGUCAAGAUUGCAAGAUGAUGCGAAGCAGAUUUUUAGCAGUUUCAUGUUAAGUAUUUCUGCCGUUGUGAUGUCCUAUCUUCAAAAUCCAAGCCCGAUGACGCUACCGUUUUCAUAAAUUGAUGAUAAUAAUACGCCUAUUCCAUAUUUAUACAGCGAAAUGAAAUAAGAAACUUGUCAAAAAUUUUAAAUAUAUAAUAAAAUUGAUUUAUUGGAUCCUUUGUAAAAAGAAAA